GUUGCCGCGUGUUCGCUGCUGCUGGCCUCGAGAGAUCGCCGCUGCGGUCGAGAAGAUGACAGAUUGACGUCAUCGGGACUGACGCAGAGCUGAGCGAGAGAGGCAAAGCAGCAGCAGCAUCCCAGCUAACCAGCGGUACCCUAUCAAUCUCCUACCACCAACGAGUUGUUUUGUCACUGAGCAUCCUCCAGAAAUAACGAGAUAAAAGAUAAGAUGGCCACCUCCUCCUCCACUCUGGAAGAAGACGAGAGUUUGAAGAGCUGUGAAAUUUUUGUGCAGAAGCACAACAUCCAACAGAUCCUCAAAGAGUGCAUUGUGAACCUUUGCAUCGCUAAGCCUGAGCGUCCUAUGAAGUUCCUGCGGGAGCAUUUUGAAAAGCUGGAAAAGGAAGAAUGCAAGCAGAUCAUGGCACGGCAAAAAUCUAACAGCCAGUCAGACUCACACGAUGAUGAAGUUUCCCCACCACCACCAAAUCCUGUUGUCAAGGCCCGCCGUCGCAGGGGAGGAGUCAGUGCAGAGGUGUACACUGAGGAGGAUGCUGUCAGCUACGUACGCAAGGUGAUUCCAAAAGACUACAAGACCAUGACUGCAUUGGCCAAGGCCAUCUCUAAGAAUGUGCUGUUUGCUCACUUGGAUGACAACGAGAGGAGUGACAUAUUUGAUGCUAUGUUCCCGGUCACCCAUAUUGCAGGAGAAACAGUUAUCCAGCAAGGUGAUGAAGGCGACAACUUCUAUGUGAUUGACCAAGGCGAAGUGGACGUUUAUGUAAAUGGAGAGCUGGUGACAAAUAUUGGAGAAGGAGGUAGUUUUGGAGAGCUGGCCUUGAUUUAUGGGACUCCCAGAGCUGCCACCGUCAAGGCCAAGACUGAUCUUAAACUGUGGGGCAUUGACCGAGACAGCUACCGACGCAUCCUCAUGGGCAGCACUCUGAGAAAGAGAAAGAUGUAUGAAGAGUUUCUCAGCAAGGUCUCCAUCCUUGAGUCUUUGGAUAAGUGGGAGCGUCUAACUGUGGCUGAUGCUCUGGAGCCUGUUCAGUUUGAGGAUGGAGAGAAGAUUGUGGUGCAGGGAGAGCCUGGUGAUGACUUCUUCAUAAUAACCGAGGGAAUAGCCUCUGUUCUGCAGCGUAGGUCUGACAACGAGGAGUAUGUGGAGGUUGGACGCCUUGGGCCUUCUGACUACUUUGGUGAGAUCGCCCUGCUCUUAAACCGUCCCAGGGCAGCCACUGUUGUUGCGCGUGGACCCCUCAAGUGUGUGAAGCUGGACAGGCCACGCUUUGAACGUGUACUGGGGCCGUGCUCAGAGAUCCUCAAAAGGAACAUCCAGAGAUACAACAGCUUCAUCUCCCUCACCGUGUGACAUGCUGGCUCCCAGAGCCCUACCAGCAGGGGUUGUGCAACUUCAGCAUCAGAGCUUUAGUGAGUGGGUGGGUGGAACGUGGGGUAUGAGGUUAUGGGCUUCAGAAUGUGGAUUUUACAUCCAUUAUAACAGGGCGCUUAUUUUCUGCCUUCUUUUUUUCCAUUUUGCGCAUUUCUUUUUUUUGACCUCGUGCACUUUGACUUGAUCUGUACUGUCAUGUAGCUUUAUGUCCAAAACAACAUGUGAGGGUGUAAAAAUCAGAGUGAGGACAGUAAUAGUUGAACUCAUGAUAUAAUGUAAAUGAGUCAUGCAUACAGUGUGUCAGCUGUAUGGCACAUGCAAGACUGGCAAAUAAUGGUGUUUGCACUUUUAAGUAAUUUAUGGAGGGUACAGAUAAAUUCAGGAAACACAGGAAGUCAUGUUUAUGUCAGCGUGAGGAAGUGAGUUCACAUUUCUUUGCUCGCUGGCUGUUGUUUGCCUUUUUUUCACUUGUGGCUGUGCGUGGUACCAUUUCUAGAUCAAAUCAGGCACGCACUACACAGACCUCUGUUCCCUUAAAUGUAAUGUAGCUAUAGAGAUAUAAAGUUAAAUAAAUUCUUGGCUAUUUCAUUCAUCUUUUUGCUUCUUAACAAUGCUUUUACAGCUUAUAUCAGACAAGAGGUUUUUAGACGUUAUGUUGAUUUCAAUGCUUACAAGGUUGAUCUUUUUUAAUUUUUUUGUAUUGUUGACAAAUUGCAUGAAAAGACCAAAGCCAACACUGAAUUGAUCCUACUAAAAAUGUAUUGUCUUUGCACCCAAAGCACAACGUACUUCAUCCUUUCCAUAGAUCUCUGUUUGUUGUCACCACAACAUUGCUGCAGUGGGUUUCUUAAUUAUAAGAAGUAUGAAGGCCACCUCCACAGACUAAUUAUGGAAAUAACUUUCCGUCUCUAGAGAGUAAUUCCUGUAAAGCAGAGGCGUUUGCACAUCUUGGGAAACAUAAAAACAUGGAACAUUGUAAAGAGUUACCUUUUUUUUUAACUCUUGAUAAUGAAGUAGCAGACACAUGAUACUUUGCACCAUCUGGACUGUGCUCUUUUCUCAUUUUCACCCUCUUCUGCUGUUCUGUUGAUAAAUUCUAUAAUUCUAUCCAUAAUAUGCAAAAACUCAACAUGUAUGAACUAUUCAAUCUUCAGCCAUGAGUGGAUGCAUGGAAGAACGAAUUUUUUUUUUUUAAUGUUUAAUUAUGUUUGACCCAACUUACAAUCCCCCCUUCAGCAUAUUAGGCUUGUCUGAAAAAAGUAUGUACACAUGUUCUGAGAUGUGUCAGUUACCCACAUUUAUCUUUUAUACAUGCCAGUUUAUGUGUGGGCAAAAUACAUUUGCAUGAUUUAUAUGUGUACAAGUUGUUUAUAAAGUCUACCACAGCUGGGCUGAGAAUUUGCAGUGAUGGGUGUAACACGUGAAAGUUCAUCAUGGUCUCUUGGUCUCAUGCGGUGCCUUGAUACCAGAAAAGAGGGUAUCAGCUCUAUGGAAACAGGGAAAGUGAUCCCUGGUUUUAGUUGGUUGGCUAUAAUGCCUGUCUUUUUUUCAAUUAAAAACAUAGUGCAUAUUGUGGAACUGUUGCUCACUUAAAUGUUUUAGUUUUUGAACAACUAUGGCUCAGAAGAGCCAUUUUGAAGCACGUAAUCACUUAUUAGUAGGAUUACUUACUUGUUGGUUUUAGCCCUUCCAUAAGAUUAGUUGACAAUGAGAAAAAUAUGCAAAAUAUUAAAAAAAUAUAUACAAUUUUAAGAUUUUACAGUUAAAUGAUGCAGUAGAAUUUCCCUCUACUCACUGAAGCAGUUCAGUCUGACCUGUGAGCUGUUGUACUACAAAGGCACUGUAGUGUUAUCAGUCCACAGUCACAGUCUGAAACAGAAAAAACACAACCAUAGUUUAUAUGCUUACACUGUCUCAGGACUGAAUAAACUUUCAACACAAACACACACAUCUUAAUUGAUGUUUUUAUUUAUUUUAUUUUAAGCUCAUUCUGUUUGAUGUUGUAGUGCUACAUUAAAGCUUUUGCACCAUUUUAGAGUUUGUAACAUUGGCUCAAUAAAACAGCUCUUUUUAAUACUUUACUUCUGUGUUCUAAAUAAGAAAUAGUUAAAAAAGAAAAAAGAUGAGCUUGUGUUGCUUUCCUUUGAUCUACAGCAAACUGUCACAGUUGCACAACUGACCUAGUGACUGAUGUAUUUGGGACCUUAAAAGAGAGUCUCUGUGUAUUCUGCGUAUCUUUUCUUUAAAAUAUCAAACCAUCUUGGGCAAAUAAAGAUUAGCUUCUGAAA